AUGCAUUUCAACAUACCUAUUCGAUCAACUCUACUACGUCAGCGAUGUAGUUAUAGCCAAGAGUGUGAGGAAUCCACUCUCCGCUCGGCUCAGGACUUAGGCGCGCGGAGCGAACCGGGCGCGGACUUAGGCGCGCGGAGUGAGCCGGGCGCCCCGGCCCAGGACUUAGGCGCGCGAAGCGAGCCUGGGACUUAGGCGCGCGGAGCGAGCCUGGGCCAUUGGCUCAGCCCCAGGCUCGCUGGCUGUGGACUUGGGGCGCGCGGGUCUCUUAUUGUUAGCUUCCUAUUCAUCACUCUUGGCUAUAACUACAUCGCUGACGUAGUAGAGUUGAUCGAAUAGGUAUGUUGAAAUGCAUUCAUCACUCUUGGCUAUAACUACAUCGCUGACGUAGUAGAGUUGAUCGAAUAUCUGGAAGGGUUUUGCGAUGUUUGAUCGACUCUGGAUCAGAGGUCGACUUGGUGGAUCAGGAGGUGGUGCGAGUCGACCCGAGCUUCGCAACGGCCCGUUUGACUGCACCGUUGCACUUGCGCCUCGGCACCCAGGAUAAGUCCGACCGAUGUGCUGUGUUCGCCACCGCUCCCUUUUCGUCUGGCGCCCUAGAUCUCGGUUUGCGACCAUUCUUCGUUUGCCGUGUAACGGCGUACGACGCCAUCUUGGGGCUGCCAUUUCUUAAGGACACAGGCAUGCUCAUUGGUUGGGGCGCCUUCACCGUCGCGCGCACCGGCCCUUCGCAACCCAUCGCCCAGGAUACGCACGAAUGGGACCGAGCCGUCACCGUAGCACCUAUCUUAUCCGGUUCUGCCAUUGGCUGCAAUCACCCUGGGUUGCUCCCCGACGACGAGAUCAUCGGCCUCGAGCCACACAACCCGCUGCUCGAUGUCGUCGACAAUCCGGCGCUCGACGAUUUCUCUGAGUCCGAAGCACGAACACGAUUGGCUGCCUUACUCGAGAAAUUUUCUGAUGUGUUCGUAGAUUCGCUACCGAUGGACCAACUCCCACCGUACCGGCCAGUCAACCACGAGAUCCCGUUGAUCGAUCCCACCGAAAAGGUCAAACCCCGGGUAUACCCCCUUGCCGACAAAUAUCGGAGCCAGUGGGCGGAACACUCAACUAAGUACACUUGUGGUCGAUUCUGGGUUUCGGGUCCGAUCGAUUCUGCGGCUCCGGUCUUUGCCAUUCCGAAGAAGAACUCCCAGACGGCUCGUUUCGUGAUCGACCUCCGCGCGCGCAACAACAACACCGUCAAGCGUUUUUCUCCCAUCCCGGACAUGACCAAUGUUCGAUACGAGGUGGCUCGAUCGCGUUAUCGCUCUAAAUUCGACGUGGCCGCGGCAUUUGAGCAGGUUCGGGUCAUACCGGAGCACGUCGAUCGCACCGGCUUCGCAACGGUGACGGGCACGUACACGUCGCGGGUCAUGCAGUUUGGUGACACCAAUGCGCCCAAUACCCUCAACCUCUUGACCUCGGCGAUGUUCCAGCCGUGUCUCCCGUUCGCCAAGAUCUUUUUCGACGAUGUCCACGUCCAUUCCGAUACCCGUCGUGCGCACUUGAGACACAUCAAGAUCCUGCUGAUGACAUUGAGACAUUACCGGUUCUACUUAGGAUCCAAGAAGUCCGAGUGGUUCUCAAAGUCGUUGGACUCCUUGGGCACCAUCAUUUCUGACGUCGGCAUCGAAGUCGACCCCGCCAAGUGGGUGCGUAUCCGUCAGUGGCCGAUCCCUUGCAACAAGACCGAUGUCCAGCGCUUCCUCGGCACCGUCAACUGGAUGCGAGAUCACCUACCGCACCUCUCAAAGAUUUUGGAGCCGAUCACCGCGUUAAUGGCGCAAGCGACGUCAUGGCGUUGGAACGAGCGAGAACAGCAGGCUUUCGAUACCGUCAAGUCCCUUGUGCCCGCCAUCCUACGACCGAUCGAUGGCGCCAAGGUUACCUCAGGCGAGCACAAGAUGUACCUCUUCACGGAUGCCAGUCGGGUUGGCAUUGGCGCUUGUUUGGCGUCCGGGCCCAACCGUUCGCAGGCCGUUCCAACGCGAUUCUUUUCCGCUAAGUUCAACGGUGCUCAGCUCAACUAUCAUGUCACUGAUAAAGAGUUCUUGGCUGUCGUCUCGGCGUGUCGGGCGUUCGAGCAGCACUUGAUCGGUUACCCCUUCGUCAUCGUCACCGACCAUCAGGCCCUUCGCACGAUAAAAACCCAAAAACUGCGCCAAACGCCUCGGCACAUCCGCAUGUGUCUCGAACUCAGCCGUUUCGACUUCGAAUUUGAAUUCAUUGCUGGCAAGAACAACACCCUGGCCGAUUCGUUGUCGCGUCUGUGGGAGGUCAAGCAGGGUUCACACGAGGAUCAGGUCAAGGAGAAUGAGUUGGAGGACAUGUUCUUUGAUGGAGAACGCCACGAAUUCACUACACCCGGUGAGAGCCUCCCUGAGGAACGUCCUUGCACUUCACCAUCUCCCGAUCGGUUGCCUCCUGUUGAUUUUGCCCUCGGGCCCCAACACGACGAUUGCGAGGCAGGCUCUCCCGGAUACUACGCGCUCAAGGACGAAUCGCAAGACGAGGACGUGAAUGGACGGGAUUUAGGGAAUUUGUUCUUGAAGGAAGAAUGCCACGAGUUCAUUACGCCCGGUGAGAGCCUCCUCGAGGAACGUCCUUACACCUCACCUUCGCACGAUCGGUUGCCCCCUGUUGAUUGCGCCUUCGGGCCCUGGGGUCACGGUUACGACGCAGGCUCUCCCGGUUCCCCUCAUCUGGCCGAGAACAUUAUGGACGCCGUCGAUUGGUCUAUUGGCCGCCUCUCUCCUCCCAUCGCUGUCAAUCGAGUUCACGCUAUUGCUACGGCCCCUGCCAACGACCCGCCCAUUCCGGUCGAUGCCGACGCCGACGAACUCGAUUUGUUGGGAGUUGCCACCGAUGAUGUCAACGACACCCCUGUAGUCCAUCGGCCGCCUGAUCCACUGCCCCAACCCUUCCUCGACACCGUCAUCCGAGCAUACGCCAACGAUUCGCAAGCCCAGGUCAUCAUUACCGACCCGCUAUCAUGGCCUAUGUUUCGGGUGACCGAGGAAGGGAGGAUUUUGCGUGUACAUCCAGAUGAGUCUAUUUCCUUGUUUGUGCCUCGUGGUCUCGCUACUGGCGUCGUCAACUCCGACAAGGUCCCAUCGCUGCGCGAGCUCGUGCUUUCGGAGAUUCAUCGGAGUGUCGGGCAUGCAGGACAUCGCAUCACCUUGGCCGCCAUACAUCCUUUGUACUGGUGGUCGUCCAUGUCUGCCGAUUGCGCCGAGUUCUGCCGUUCAUGUUAUGAGACGUUCACCACUACUGUCAGGAGAGGUUGA